AUGAGUACUCAGUCGCCAGUACUCCGGCGGAAGGUUGAGUCACUUGUUCCGGAACCAGCCGCAGGCUCAGGGCUCGACAAGGUGUUAGAUGAGCUCCACGGAAGGACUCAGAUCCUGCUCUUAAGGUCGGCACGAGAUCAGAAGAUCAAAACUUGCCUACCGAGGGUUAAAGCCCCGAGUGCUCACCCUACCGGCCUUAUCCUGUCUCAGGAAGGCUCCUCUGUACCAAACACGCCCACAGGUAACGACUUCACCAACUUCGCCAGCCUAGACCUCGUUAAAGAGACUCUGCACGGGCAGAAUGGUGGUCAGUCACACGAGUCCAUCUCAGGUCUUCCUGAUAAUGGUCUGAUGCAUCUGGAGUCUGGGAGAAGCUAUGGCUUUGCAACAAACAGGACAGGCAGCGCUGAAAGCGACGGGAUCGAUCUCGCCCCUGAAGAAGGUUACAUGGACAGCGAUAUGGAAGGUGUGGAAUGGAUUGAUGAUGAUGCGGUUUCUUAUACGUCGGAAAUUCUUCCGGAGUAUGGCGACCUGUACAGUGAGCAUUAUUUGGGGGACGAGGUCCUUGAUCUGACACACAGCGAGCAAGAAUAUCAAGAGCAACACCUCGCCCUCGACGACGAUCACCAGGAACAUAAUAUGGAUACCGCGGACUUCUAUGAUGAGAGCGACUGUUACGGCUAUUACUACGAGGUGCCAGACAUCGAAGGAGGAGUGCAACCCACUGCACACGAUUUCGAGGAUUACUCUGUCAAGUCAAACCGUUUGGUGGAUACUGAGGACGACUACUCAGACUUCGUGGCAGAUGAAGACGAAUUCAUUGAUGAUAUCCACGAACGUCUCCGCGAUCAUGACACAUAUUUUGACAAGGGCCCAAACGAUCCGUGGGAAACCAAUGAUGACUUUAUCCAAGGGGACAUGCUUCAAAGGGGUGAUCUAGACCAAGAGGCGGGUCCCGACUACAUUACCACGGGACAUGUUCACCACAACGACCAGGCGGAAGAAGCUGAAAGCAACAUGAGGGUCGGAUGGCACAGCCAACUGCUUCAAGACCGGAGCCAGGUGCCUAGAAACUAUGCGUACCAUGGUACCGAGGAGCAAUGGGCAUAUCCUGGACUGCACCCGAUCGCCUUCGCUAGCAGGUUGGCAGAUUAUCAAUAG